AUGGCCUCGCAAAACAAGCAACUCAUAUUGGUAACAGGUAUCUCUGGCUUCUUAGGAGGUCAUAUAGUCCAGCAGUUAAUUGAAGAUGGAUAUCGCGUUCGCGGAACUGUACGUACCGUGAAGGUCGAGUCUAUCCGGGAGAACUUCGCAUUCUACGGCGACGACCUUGAGGUGAUCGGCUUUGACGAUCUGGUUGCCGGAGAUUGGACAGAAGCCUUGAAAGGAGUAGACGGUAUCUUGCACGCCGCAGCUCCAUUGCCUGGCUCGCAAGAACCUCAAUCGGCGCUCGAUGCCGCGGUCGAAGGUGCCCUCAACAUCUUGCAUGCGGCGGACAAAGCCGGGAUCACAAACUUUGUGCUGAUGAGCAGCUUCGCCACGGCGUUGAAUCCAUUGAACCCGGCUGACAACAAUGAGCUCAAUGAGCAUAGCUGGAAUCCCGUCACCAAGGCGCAGAUAUUGGACCCAAACUCCGAUCCGAUGUUGGCAUACACCGGUUACAAGACCUCAGCUGAACAGGCGGUUUGGGAGUUCGCAGAUGCGCACCCUCACAUUAACAUCACUGCUGUCCUCCCGCCCUUCUUUUACGGCCCCUUCGCCCCGGGCCACAAAGUCGUCCAAGGAGUGCGUAAGUGGGAUCUCAGCACGAACUCCUUCAUCUACGCCUUCCUCAAGCCAGACGGGCCCUUCCCGCCCUCGCGCUACAUCGACGUGCGUGACUCCGCGCGCUCGCUCAUCCUAGGGCUCAAGACCUCGCCCGGUACCAAGCGCAAGCGGGUGCUCGUCUGCCCCACCCCCGGCAUCGACUGGAAGGAGAGUACCGAAUAUCUCCUCCAGCAGCGCCCCGAGCUUAAGGGACGCAUCGCCGACCCGGCCAAGGCCCCGCCGAUCGACGAGUUCCGGAUCACCGACAACAAUUUGCAGGAAAUCCUGCACUUCGGCGAAUUCAUACCUUGGAAGCAGACAUUGCUGGAUACGGUGGAUUCGCUUCUGAAACUCGAAAAGGAGUGGGCCGCAUCUGACGCGUAG